UAAGAAACAAGACCAUUCUGUUUUUCUCACAGAAACAACAAAAACUAUGACUAAUCCAACAAAUUAAGGAAAUUUCACCCUUAUUUCCUUCCUCUCUUCACAGUUUCCACUGAUCUCCAACUGCAACAACCACACCAUUAAUAACCCUGCCAGGAAUCAAAUGCCAUAUCCAAAAACCAACCAACACAAAAGAGAUAUUUCAUAUUAGACUUUGCACUAACCUUCUGAUCAUUCUUCCCUUUUUGUUUUUCUUUUAUUCUGUAUGGCUUCUAAGCAAGAACCAAAUUUCCCUCUGAGACUCUUGGUGGACAAAGAAAGAAACUGUGUAGUUCUAGCUGAAGCAAACGGUGACUUCAUAGACAUUUUGUUCAGCUUUCUCACCCUUCCAUUGGGAACUAUCAUUCGCCUUGUGUCAAAGAAGAAGCUACAUGAUCCAUCAGAUGAGACUGGUUGCAUUAACAAUCUGUACCGAAGUGUCAAAAAUUUUGGUUCUGAGGUUUUCUGGAACCAUAUCUGCAAGACAAUGUUGCUUUCUCCGCGCAAUCCUUGUGAGGCCCUUUGCCAGAAGCUGAAGCUGAAGAUUGAUGAUUCAGAGCCCACUAAGUUCUUCAUGUGUAGUAGUUGUCGUGUGGGGAGUGAUGUGUUGUUGAGUACAUUUUCUGGGGCAAGUUGUUUUUCAUGUGGGAAAUUGAUGGACAAAGAAAUGAAGCUGCAUGGGGAUUCAACUGAAGAGAAUCAUGGUCAUGGAGGUGGUAUUUUUGUUAAGGGGGAAACUAUGUAUUUAAUCUUUGAUGAUUUGAAAGUGGUUCAAAGUUCUCCUGGAAACUCUGUUCAGCAUCUUCUUCAACUUGGCUACAAGAACUUCCACAAGCUGAUAGAAAUGUCUCCAAGUGUUGGCAUGAGUGAGAUUCUAGGCUUGCUAAAGCAAGCAUUAACCUCCAAAUCUCCUCUCAGUGAUGUAUUCUUGGCAAAUGAAGAAUCUAAGAAAAUGACCACUUUCUCACCAAAACUUGGACCCAAAAUUGUAAAGUGCAUUCAUAACUCUGUUAUAAACCUUAAGGUAACCGUGAGAAAAUCAAGGAAGAAGAUACUGUACGCUGAAACUGAGGGAGAUUUUGUUGACUUUCUAUUCAGUUUCCUCACAACACCUCUAGGGUCAAUUCUAAAGCUAUUGAAUGGAAAUUGUUCUAUGGGAUGUGUGGAUAACUUGUACAAAAGUGUGAAGGAUCUAAAGGAUCUCAAUCCUUCAUUGUUCACAAGACCUCCAGGCACUGAUCCGUUAUUGGAUCCACCGGUUGCUUCUCAAUUUGGUUGUAGGAGGCAACCACUAAACCAUUUUGAAGAUGAAAGUCCUAGUUACUGGUAUGGCACUGGUGUGAUUAAAAAUAAUAUCUGCUAUGCAAACAAGAAUGGAGUAAUUUCAAAGAAGAAAAAUCUGAUCCACAAUCCAGAAGACAUGAAACUUUUUGAGCCAAGGUCCCCUGAUGGCACAAGAGAAUUCGCUGAGGGAUUUGUGAGGAGGCCAUCACUAUUUGUUGUGUGGGAUGAUCUUCAAGUUACACAUUUAGCAAAAACAUCUAGCAUUUCAUUUCUGCAAAAGCUGAAUGUACCAUUGGAUGAUUUAGAGGAGCAUGUAGUGAGCAUUGGGGAGACAGAGGCACUAAACUUGUUGGGAGCUUCUUUGACAUCCAAAGCUGCUUUGACAGAUGGCCUGUUCUACCUCCUGAAGAAGCCAAAGGAAGAAUCUACAGCUUGAAGUUUUUUUUAGAUGUUGAUAAGGGGCUGAAUAAUAGAGCAAUCCUGCAAAUGUUUGAUUUCAGACAUAUGUGCUACAUUUGAGUGAACUGAAAUGUAUGGUGAUGUGAUUUUUAAACUCCCUUGUUAAACAAUCAGUUUGUGUGCUAUGUAAGUGCUAUUAGGAUUUAGGACAACACAGUCUUGAAAUUGAUUGUUGCUCAUGAGAUGAAUUGAGAAAUCUGGUUAAGGAAUUGAAAUUUCAGGUGGUGUUGUUGC